CUAAACAUUGAAACAACUCUUUCUCCGUAUUUUUAUUUUCUCGGGGUUUUUUCAUUUCUUUUCGUUUUCGCACUCUUCCAGAACUCUCUCUUCAUACAACCGCCCUUGAACUAGAAAAAUCAAAAACACUCCUCGAAGAAUAACUUCCUUAACUCAGCAAAAAUGGCGACUGUUAUGCAGAAAAUCAAAGAUAUCGAAGAUGAGAUGGCAAGGACCCAGAAGAAUAAGGCUACUGCCAAUCAUCUUGGACUGUUGAAGGCUAAACUUGCUAAGCUACGGAGGGAUCUUUUGACACCCACCUCGAAAGGAGGUGGGGGUGCUGGUGAAGGCUUUGACGUAACAAAAAGUGGAGAUGCACGAGUUGGGUUGGUUGGCUUUCCAUCGGUUGGGAAAUCAACAUUACUAAAUAAGUUGACUGGGACUUUCUCUGAGGUUGCUUCUUAUGAGUUUACUACAUUGACUUGCAUUCCUGGAGUGAUAAUGUACAGAGGAGCUAAGAUUCAGCUGUUGGACCUACCAGGUAUCAUUGAGGGUGCCAAGGAUGGAAAAGGUAGAGGAAGGCAGGUCAUCAGUACUGCAAGGACGUGCAAUUGCAUAUUAAUUGUUCUUGAUGCAAUAAAGCCAAUAACUCACAAGCGUCUUAUAGAAAAGGAGCUUGAAGGCUUUGGCAUUAGGUUGAACAAGGAACCCCCCAAUUUAAGUUUCCGAAAGAAAGAAAAGGGUGGUAUUAAUUUGACCUCAACAGUUGCCAACACACAUUUGGAUCUAGAUACAGUGAAGGCAAUAUGCAGUGAAUAUAGGAUUCACAAUGCUGAUAUCACUCUUAGAUUUGAUGCAACUGCAGACGAUCUCAUUGAUGUUAUUGAGGGAAGUAGAGUUUAUAUGCCGUGCAUAUAUGUCAUAAACAAAAUUGAUCAGAUCACUCUUGAAGAGUUGGAAAUUCUGGAUAAACUUCCUCAUUACUGCCCAAUCAGUGCUCAUCUAGAAUGGAACCUUGAUGGUUUGCUGGAGAAGGUCUGGGAGUACCUGAACCUUACUCGUAUAUACACAAAACCAAAGGGUUUGAAUCCAGAUUAUAAUGACCCUGUCAUCCUUUCAUCUCGGAGGAGAACUGUGGAAGAUUUCUGUGAACGAAUUCACAAGGAUAUGGUUAAACAAUUCAAGAAUGCUCUUGUCUGGGGAUCUAGUGUGAAGCACAAGCCUCAAAGAGUUGGCAAGGAACAUGAACUCGAGGAUGAAGACGUGGUUCAAAUCAUCAAAAAGAUCUAACUGAGCCUGACAUGCAUAAUUUAAAAGAAUUGACAACCAGCAUAAUUCCGGAGAAAUUUUUGUUAGGGAAUAUUGUGGCAAAAGGUACAAAGGUCAUGUUAUUGAUGCGUACUUCAGUUCUUUUCUGUGAUGGAGGAUUUGGCUAGCUUGUACGUUGUGUUUUCUACAGACAAAGCAGAGUGUUUCAGAAUGAGCAUGUUGAUAGGAGUGUUGUUAAACCUGAUGUUGGUAGCAGAUAUAAUGUCAUAGGGGUAUGGCUUAUGCUACUAGAGUUCAUUGAAAAUAUGAUUUUACUAUCUUUACGUAGCGUUCCUGGAUAUUGUAUGGGGUGAAAUGUUUUAUUGUAUUUUCAGUGACUGCAUAGUCUAUUGUAUUGUCAAACUGAAUGGUAUCCGUAUCCCAGGUAUAGAUUGAGGAUUGAGAAUUUGAGACCGGUGAAUAAACUCCAAACAUAAGUCAAUACAAGUUAGAUUGUGCCUACUUAGAAUGAAUGUGAAUAAACUAAUACAAGUUAGAUUAUGACCUA